UUCCUGUGGCUUUGAAUGUGUCAUAUCCGCGCAUGUCUGUUUUCCCGAAAUAAACAAAACUGCCUGACCCAGCAGCCGAAGUAGGGCUGUGAAAGAAAUAGUCACAUUAAGGUGUGACUAUGGGGAAGUCUUUUUCCCAUCUCACGAAGCUGACAGGCCAGGAUGAGGGACAGGACAGCCUCACCUCUCCUUUGGAGGACAGUCAGACUGAGGAUGGGAAGGGUGGAGAUGUUUCCCAGUUCCCUUAUGUGGAGUUCACCGGACGAGACAGUGUGACAUGUCCCACAUGUCAGGGCACUGGGAGAAUCCCCAGAGGACAAGAAAAUCAACUGGUGGCAUUGAUCCCAUACAGUGACCAAAGACUGCGACCCAGGAGGACGAAGUUAUAUGUAUCAGCAUCAGUGGUGGUCUGCCUCCUGCUGUCCAGCCUGGCUGUCUUCUUCCUGUUCCCUCGCACCAUUGAUGUCUCCUAUGUCGGGGUGAAGUCUGUUUUUGUCAGCUAUGAUCAAGAAAAGCGCAGUGUCUAUCUCAACAUCACGAACACUCUUAAUAUCACCAACAACAACUACUACUCAGUGGAGGUGGCCAACAUCACAGCUCAGGUGCAGUUUGCCAAGACGGUGAUUGGUAAAUCUCGCAUCAGUAACAUCACUGCCAUCAGCCCUCUGGACAUGAAACAGAUUGAUUAUAUGGUCCCCACCACCCUCGCAGAUGAGAUGAACUACAUGUAUGACUACUGCACUCUACAAACCAUCAAGGUCCACAACAUCGUGGUCAUGAUGCAAGUCACCGUCACCACGACCUACUUUGGUCAUGCGGAGCAGGUGUCUCAGGAGAUGUACCAGUAUGUGGACUGCGGAGGGAACACCACCUCUACCAGAGGGAUGAGCAAGGCAUUCAGCGUCCCGCAUCCUGCUGAGUAACCACACCACACUGUCCUCCUCCCCAGCCCUGACACAGGCCAUGGAAGUUAGCCUUUCCCUUCUCCUCCACCUGCAGUCUCUAACAAAAUACUGUUGUCACGAUAUCUUGAUGUUUAUUUCAAUAUCAAUUCUUGAAAAAAAAAAAAAUUCACUCACUAGGGAAAUUUUGGUGUAUCUUAUGGAAGCACUCAAAAAAAAAAAACUGAAGAAAUGGAGAUGGUAUCUUGUAAUUAUGACUUCAUGUCCUAAUUUUCAGAUGUUACACAUAUCAUCAUAAGGUCAUAUGUACAUUUCAUAAUUAUAACCCCGAUUCCAAAACGUUUUCACGCUGUGUAAAACAGUAUGUGAUAUUUUGCUAACCCUUUUUCCACGUAUACUAUAGUGGAAAACUGUGCAAAGAGAAUAUAUUUGAUAAGAAGGUAGGAUAGGCCUUUAUUAGUGUUGAUGUAAUGUAUUCAAUGUUUUAUCUCAUCAAAGUGUAGUUGAAGUGUAGUUAUGGUAACCUGCACAAAUCAAACAUUUAAUGAGUGGAAAAACUAAUAGUGUUCCACAAUAUUAUUUUACUGCAAUAUAGAUAACAUUGUGCAUGUAGUGAUUUAAGCACACACCUAACCCGAAGAGGCUUUAACUCCCACCACUCCAGUACAACACCAGAUGCUUGGCUCGUCGGGCUUUUUAUACCCAAUGAUAAGCACAAACGUUUAAGCUCUCAUUUCAAAGUGCCAGUGCGUUGUUUAUCCUCUUGAUUUCAGUUAGCAGCAGCAAAAGCUGUUUGUUGCUCACAUCCUGAACUUGUAGCUGCUCCGACUACAUCGCACAGGCGCAACAAAAGACUGAGAAAGUUGUGCACUGUUCAAAAAAAAAAAAAUGCCUGUUUGGAGCAUUCCAAAGGUUCACUGAUAAUACAGGUGAUAAUAUCAUGACUGUGUAUGAAAGGGGUAUCCUUUAUUUUAUUGUGAAAUACAUUACCUUGUAUUUACAAGAAAACUCAUCAUGUAUUUAGGAGAUGGUUUUUGUGUGAUUUAGAUAAAAUGAUCUUGCGAUUAUAAAACAGGUUUUGCGUAAUAAUGCGGUACAGGUCUUGUAAUCAUGUGGUUGUAGUGUUUUAUGCUGUUCGCUUGGUCAGCUGCAGUUCUGACUUUUCAGUUCAUUUCUUAUCUCGCCGUAACACACUGCUACAGCGUCACUGAAUUGUGUGGUUUUGUCGAGACAGCUAAUGAUGUUUUGCUUUUCCUCAAAUUUAUUUCUCUUCUGAAUUCUCAAUUUUGAAGUUGUGCCCCACAGAUAAUGAAAGUGUCACUGAUAUAAUUUAGUAUGGGAUUUGAUUUGUUUUUUCCAACAAUAUUGAAGUGGCAUCAUAAUUUCAGUUCUUGUGAGAACACUAUAAUUAACAUAUUCUGUAUUUCUUUGUGUUAUGAACCAUAGCUUAUGAUUUGCACUCUGUGCUCCUAAACACAGGGAAGGAACAACAAACUUGAUAGAGGUAUUUGACUACCUACCGAAUAAUAAUGCACUUUAUGAGUCUACUUAAAAUGUACACUUGAUGAGCAGUCCCGAGUUGUUUGAAGCCAAUUCCUCCACCACAGUGUGUGAGGCUCUAUGACAAAUUGAUCAACAGGAAGUGCUGUCAUUACAUGCUUAAAGUAUUCAGAUACUGCUGUGUAUGAUUCUGAGAUAAGCUCAUGCUGUUCAUAGUGUUUCUCUGUCUGCACUGUUGACUAUGAAUUGUACAGUCUGCUGUAUUACCUGCUGAAGGCAUACCUGGUAGGUUGCAGUUUAAACCUCUGUGUUACUGUGCUGUAACUGAUUAGUUUUUCCAUAUAUUGUUUGUUUUUUGAUGACUUUGUAGACUGACUCUUCAAUGGAAUCCUCACAGUUAUUGGAUUUGCUUAUGGGAAAGUCCAACUUUGAUGAACUUGAACAUAUGCUUUUGCACAGUUUCAUAAUAUAUAGAAUAAUAUAAAUAAUGUAGAAAUGGAGAGCUAUAUAUUUUCAUACAACCCUAGUGAGUUAAAGACUGCUCCACAAAACGGGCAUGUUUGUGGGACAAGUGUGAACUCCAUUCCAUAUCGCAACCAAGUUAUUCGAGGUACAGGAGUUGUUGUGACCAAGUCCCCAGUGGCCAAACCAUGUAAUUACAGUGUUCCUUAAAGCAUGCUAGCCCUAAAAGAAAUUUUCUCUUUAGCUUACAUUAUGAAGGAACUGGCUGUUCAACAGUGGGUUAUUAUUAUUAUUUUUAUUCUUAUUGUAACUGUCACAGCCCCAACAAAAUUGCUAAUUUUCAUUUCUUAAUUUCUUAAUAUCAAAAUUUGAUGGAUUCGAUUUCCCACUUGAUAAUAACUCCUUGGAUUACGGUAGGCCCUCACACUGACGGGUGACCAGGCGCUAAUUAGUCUGUCAGUGUUUGAUGUUUGUGCUUAGUUUUUCUGUUAUCCAAAUUUUCAAAAUUAAUUUUCUGAAACAUUUCAUCCCUUCCCCUUUAAAAUAUUAUGAAUAUCUGUGCACUAGGUUUUCAAUAUUUUCUAAUGCUGCAUUACAUACUACAUAAACAAAUUUCAAUGUUUACUUCCAACCAGCCGUAGAUUAAUCAUGAAGGUUUUUUUUUCCCUGUUAUUUUUGUUUUUUAUUAGUUGUAACAGUUUUUUGGUUUUUUUUGCUUAUUGUUGUCAGUUGUGUAGUAAAAAUUUCCAAAUUUCUCUUUUUUUUGAAGGGGUCAUUAAAUUCUUCCCACCCUGUCCUGCUGACAAGUGUUGUAUUUUGAGGUAUCUUGUGAUUUAAUAGCAAUAAUGUUGGUUUGCAUGUUAUACAUACUAAUCACGACCUCGUUCUGGUACCAGUGCUGGUCUGCUAGAAAUGCCAUUCCACUUUUCUACCUUAAAAAUACUAAUAGGACUAGGAAUAUUUUGUCUAACAUUACACCAAAUUUAUUUUCUUGAUGAAACUCCAAAAACUUGUAUUUUGAAAUUCAUCGAGUUGCAUAUCAAACAUAUUUUUAAUUUGAAAAACAUCUGGCAUAUGCAGAAUUGUGUAUGAUGUAUGUCAACAUCCUGUAAAUACUUACAGAUUGUGUUUGUAAUAUCUUCAUAUAAACUUUGAUAAGCUACAGCUGAAACAUUUGUACUGAGUGAAAUUUGAAGAAAAGAACAUGAUUUGUUUAAUUAUCACAAUUCUGACACCCUUGUUAUUAGUUUAAGUUAACAUUUUACAUUUGAAAAGCUAUUUUAGACUCCUAUCUCUGUCAUUUUAAACAUGUAAUUAUUCAUUGUGACUGUUGUGGGAGCAUGAAAUAAAUAAAGUUUUUGAACAUG